AACAAUGUACUAAUAAGAUAUAUUUCCAAGACCACCUCUGGCGACGACGACGACGACUUUCAUAAAUUAUUUCAUCAACUUAGCCUCCUAUUUAGUGCAACCUGUAUGGUCCUUUUGUUAAGCUUAUGAAGGAAGGCUGCAAGUGACUUCCCGGCAAAGGAUUCAUCAACUGAGCGAUCUCAACUCUGUUUGCGUGGGGGCUUUUAGGCAAAGGAGCAAAUGGGACAAGACUUCCACAGCUUCGUCAAGUUGUUUCAAGGAUCAGGUUCAGACUUCCCGAGUCACCCAUCAGACUCAAUUUGGAGAUCAAUCACUCCAUCAUCCUUCCGGAAUGAACAUGUAUAGUCAGGCAAAAGAGACAGCGGCGCUUGCGGCAAUGGCGAAGAUGGCAGUGACAGCAGCUCCAGCAAGUAGUAGCCAUGAUGGGGGACCAGAGAGGGGGCCAAUGGCAGCGGCGAUGGCAGCUCAAGCAAGCAGUAGCCAUGAUGACAGAUCAAGGAGGGGCUACGAGGUAUUCCUGAACUUCAGAGGGCCCGACACCCGCUUAACUAUCGCUGAUUCUCUCUACGAAGCCAUUAAACGUGCAGCAAUAUCCAUUUUCAAAGACGACGAAGGGCUCCGAGUCGGCGAAGAGAUCGGAGGUAGUCUAUUGCAAGCGAUCAACGAAUCCAGAAUUUACAUCUUGAUUUUCUCCAAAAACUAUGCUUCAAGUAAGUGGUGCCUCCGUGAGCUUGCGCACAUAGUGAAGUUAUCAAGAGACAAUGUUGAAAAAGUGAUCCUCCCAAUAUUCUACGAUGUGGAUGCGGAUGAUGUCAAGCUUAAUACCAAGUUAUAUUGGAAAGCCCUCCAAAAACAUGAGAGGGACUCUGGGAAGGAUUUAGCAAAGCAGUGGAAGGAGGCUUUAAGAGGAGUUGCCAGAAUUAAGGGAUGGAAUCUAAAAGAUCAUGGCCUACAUAAACUAAUAAAUCUCCUGGUGGAAGAGGCUUCUAGUUUGUUAUGGACAAGACGGACGGACAUGCUUGAUUAUUUGGUGGGAAUUCAGGAUCGAAUGGAUCACAUUAUGAAGCUGUUAGAUCUAGGAGCUCUAGAUGCACGAUUUAUCGUAAUUCAUGGUAUGGGUGGCAUUGGAAAGACAACACUGGCCGAGGCUGUCUUUAGGCAAAUCUCCCCUCAAUUUGAGGGUCAUUGCUGCUUUCUUAAAGAUGUCCGGACUCAUGAUAUAAUAAGCUUACAAAAGAAAUUGUUGUCUGACAUUCUCAAUCUCAGUUGCACAAACCUAUCCUUCAUUGACGAAGGGGCUGACAUUAUCAAGACGAGGUUCCAUGGUAAGAAAGUCCUCAUUGUUCUUGAUGACAUCGACAAUCGUGACCAGAUCAUGAGACUUGCAGGCGAGCUCAACUGGUUUGGUGGGGGUAGUAGAAUCAUUAUAACGACAAGAAAUAUUGAAUUCCUAGUAAAGGAAGGUGAAGAUGACAACCUUCCAACCUCAAAUAAUGGACAUUUUACAUUCUACCCUAUGCCAGAGAUGAAUCGGGAUGAUGCCCUUCAACUUUUUUGUGAGCGGGCCUUGGGACAUGCCAAGCCUCCACCUGAUUACAUGGAUGUCACAGAAAAUCUAAUCAAUGCUCUAGGAGGACUUCCAUUGGCUCUCGAUGUCGUAGGUUCCACACUUCGUGGAAAAUGCCGAAGUACAUGGGAAGACACCCUAUGUAAGUUAAAGAAGGUAAUGAAUGAGGAUGUCAAGAAGAAGCUGAUGAUAAGCUACGGAGCGUUGGAGCCUAAUCAACAACAAAUUUAUCUUGAUAUCGCAUGUUUCUUCAUCAACAAAGAGAAAACAACUACAGUUAAAUAUUGGGACGCAGUUUUUGGGUAUCCAACCGAAAUCGAGAUCAAUAUCCUCAAACGUAUGUCUCUGAUAAAGAUAUCCGGUGAUGAUAAACUAUGGAUGCAUGACCAACUUAGAGAUCUCGGAAGAAAUAUCGUCCACCCAGAAAGUCAUGAAAUCCAUCUAAGGGGUAGUAGAUUGUGGUCUCCCAAGGAUGCCUUCCAUGUAGUGCAGAGAGAAACGGGAACCAAAGACGUAGUGGCACUCAAUCUUGGUACACCUAACCCAAAUAAAAGGUACAAAUUUGAGAGCAAGCAAUUUGUGGGCUUGGUCAACCUUAGGUUCCUUCAAUUGGACCAUGGAAACUUCAAAGGAGACUUUAAGGAUGUUUUCUCUGAGUUAAGAUGGCUCUCUUGGAGCAAUUGCUCUUCGGAACUCCAAGCGACUAACUUUAGGUUGAAAAGCUUAGUAGUUCUCGAGCUUUCUGGGGUUAACAUUACUAAAGACUGGGGAGGAUGGCAUCAAAUCAUGCUAACUGAGAUUCAGGGAUUGGAAGAAUUAAAAUCAUUGCAGCGUUUGUCCUUCUGGUGGUGCAAUUCCAUGAAAAGGUUACCUGAAGCUGCCCUGUCUAAUCUACAUAAUCUGGAUAGUUUGGAUUUCGCUGAAUGUCAAUCGCUGGAGAGUGUGCCCAAUGUGCCAUACGCCAAACCAUCUUGUCAUCUCAGAAUAAGAGGCUGCCCGAGGUUAUGUCAUUUUGAAGGUCCAUACAGGUCCUACGGAGACUGAUAAGGAUCAGGGCCAGCUAUAACAGCAAACCUCCGCCAGUACCACACCAUGAAAGCUCGAAGGUUGGCAUCCACGAAGACGUAGAGAAUUUUCUCUAUGACUAGAGCCUUAACAUUGCCAAUGUGGUGGACCUGAAGGCCCUAGCCACAAGGGGCUGAGGGUGCUAGGCUGAAGAUGUUGGCAGCAGGUCUUUGGGAGGUAGAUCGAGAAUCCGAAGUGGUCAUGAUGAGCCAAUGGGAUGACCUAUGGCUGACGAGCAUGUCGGUUCAGUAUGCGUACCUCGACAGCCAUGGGUAGUUCACACAAAGUAUUUGAUUGGUAAUGGCAAUUGUAUUUCCCUGUGGCAUGACAAUUGGUAUCCUUUGGGUGUGUCAUAGGGUCAAGACCGUGUUCAGUUGGUGAUUUCUCUGGUUUGGGCAUAGAUGCAAGAGUGUGUUCAGUUGUAAGGGGGAAUGAGUGGCAUCGGCCACCCGCUUGAUUUGAUGCGCCUGUUGAUACCCAGGGUUGGCUUAUGCAAUGCUACUGGGCGUUGCUCUGAAGCUGAGGAUUUUGUGGUGUUUACAGGAUCUUCUAAUGGUGAUUUCUGUUCUAGUGAUUUACUUGGCAUAAUUUGAUGCGGUUUUAUCCAAAUGUGCCAAGUUUUAGCCUUAUAGCUUUGGCUCUUGAAUCAAGAUCACCUUGUUGUCGGCGAUUGGAAUUCAGAGUUCGACUGGGAAGUGAUGUAUUUGAAAGGCAAGUCCUUUGCUAAAAAGUAAUUGAAAUUGGCUUGAAUGGUGUACUUGGAGAGAGAGAGGGAGAGAGAGAAAUGCAACUCCUCAUGAAAAUGUUGCUCCUCAUGUUGAUAGGUGUUGGAUAACAUUCUCUUUGCUGUCCGGUUGAGAUGUCCAUGUUGAUUCAAGGCAAAAGCUCGAGCUUGGAUCCUUCCGUUAAAACCAUCUCUGCAGCUCGGGGAAUUAAAUAUUUGUAAUAUUAUGUUGAAUCAUUCUUUUACAGGUA